AUGGCCUCAAGCACAAUCCCUCGGCCGGCUUUGCGCAGCCUCUUGCGCGCCACACCUCUGCGAAGCUCAGCGCCGCGCGUUGCCACAAGAUGCCUGCACCAACAAUCAUCGCCCAUAACAACAUCGAGGCUCCAACAUAGACCAACAGCGCAAGCAUGGAGCCAAAGGGUAGCUGCCCCAUCGGCGACCAUUGCGCGGCGAACAAUGUUCAUCCAGACCGAGCCAACACCAAACCCCGACGCGCUGAAAUUCAACCCCAACCAACGAGUCCUGCCUGAGUCGAUAUCAUCUCCCUUCCUUGAAUAUCUAAACCCGCGUUCGACACUUGCGCCGCCACACCCUUCUCCGCUCGCCGCCCAACUUCUCAACAUUGACGGCGUAACAAGCGUCUUCUUUGGCGCAGACUACAUCACCGUGACCAAGGACUCGGCCACACCCUGGAGUCACAUCAAGCCCGAGGUGUUUUCUAUCAUCAACGAAUGCAUGACAUCUGGGGCGCCGAUUGUGAAUACCGUGGCCGCAAAGGCCGGAGAGCAAGGUCAAGGCGGCCAAGAAGCUGACAGCUUGGCCUACGAUGAGAAUGAUGAUGAAGUAGUCGGCAUGAUCAAGGAGCUCCUUGAAACGCGCGUGCGCCCCGCCAUCCAAGAAGACGGCGGUGAUAUUGAAUUCCGCGGCUUCAACGACGGCCAGGUUCUGCUCAAGCUGCGCGGUGCGUGCAGAACUUGCGACUCGAGCACCGUGACGCUGAAGAAUGGCAUUGAGAGUAUGUUGAUGCAUUACAUUGAGGAAGUCAAGGGUGUGCAACAAGUCUUGGACCAGGAGGAAGAAAUUGCGAUGAAGGAGUUUGCCAAGUUUGAGGAGAAGCUGAGGCAGCAGAAGGGCGAGGAUGCGGUCAAGGGUACCGUUGGCAAGGGCAGUUUGGACUAUGUCGAGUAA